AUGGGUCCAGCUUUCAACCCAGAUGGUAAGUCGGCCACGGCCACAUGCCUUGCGUCCAUACCCGUCCCGUCCGUGCUUGGGGAUUCACAUGUCACGGCCGCCGUCAUCCGGAGUCCUUCCCCCCUCCCCCAAGUAGCGGACUCGUCACAGAAGGUCGGAGCGACUGAGAAUGACUUCCAUUGGCACUCGGAACACGGCGCUACACAUGAUAUCUACAUAGCUCUGCGGAGUGAUCCGAGUCCGCUGUCGUCUCCCUUGGGACCCCUCUCUGAGUCGCCCGAGUCUGAGUCGGGUCUCCACAAGCUUUCCUUGCAGAGUGAUCGGCCUUUUAGAGGGUCGGUAGACAGCUUGUCUUCCGGCUAUGAAACCCUGCCCAGGUCUGCAGUCAACUUUCUGUCCCCACUGCCAAUCGAGCUUGAGAACGCCUGGAAUCUAACGAACGUGUUUCAACUCGACAGGUCUCCACUCUUCGAGAGUGAGCAUGGACUCGGACCAUCAGGUUUGGAUCGCAUCCGACAGCAACCGUCGCGCGUUCUGACCCUUCCCAACCUGUCAACCUCGUCCCUCUCGCCGAUGGCGGCCUCAACAGCCCGGCCGAACCCCUUAUCUCGCUCGGGUUCGUCAUCUCGUACACACACCGGCCAUAUGACAAUGGGUCAGACCUACGGAGACCUCGAGGACUUGCAUCGGUUUCCCCUGGAAUCGCUGCACUCAUUCUCCUUUGCCCAACACUCGGAGGAGCUCUUGCACAGCCGGCAGAACAUCCUGAAGCGAUCGAUUGACUUUAUGCGGGACCGGAUGGGCUGGGCGGCCAGCAAUCCUGCGAUCGCGAAUGCUCAGGCCAACAUGAGUGGCGAUGCGGACAUUCAGGGCAUGAUGGAUCUGUUGACGCGCGCUCACGUUCUAGAAGAGGAGAAUGCAGCAAUCGCUCGUGGCCCGCCAACUGGACCGGCCGAUGUGUAUGGCGACAACAUCUUCGAAAAGGCAUUUGUGGAUCGGGCCUCUGCCACGUCAAACUCCCGGGGCGGCGGCACUCACGAUCUCUCGCAUCUGCCCGAACGCCAGGCAACACCCGACUCUCACCACCACCUGAGUGCAGUCCCAAGUGACCGGCUGCCACACUCUCGGAAGGAUCUCUACUCCGCGCCGUCUUCCAGACGCGUAAGCUUAAAACGUACAUAUACGGAUCUCAAUGUCGCCUCACUCAAAAACAAGCUGAUGGACACCCUAGCACAACCCUAUGCCUCCACGGACGCCGCUCAAUCUUUAGCCUCCUCAACAACUGGAUUAGGAAUUCCGAUGCCCUCGGCCCUACAUACCCAUAGCAGCAAGUGGACGCCUGUAUCCCAGGCUGUCUUCCGGACAGAAGCCAAAGCACCCUGGACCAUACUCGCGGCCAAUGACCUCUCCUGCUUGAUAUUUGGCGUCACUCAGUCCGAGCUCCGCCGACUCAGUAUCCUAGAAGUUGUACAGCACGAACAUCGACAGUGGCUGGAGGCUAAGCUUCGCGAUCCCAGCACGGAUGCUGCCGCUCGAACGCCGCUUCAACCCGAGCGGCCUAAUAUCCGGGCGGUGAAUCCUAAAUUCCGAGGCCUCGGAAACGGCGUGACAGCCCAGUUGCUCAGUAAGCCCUCAUCCCGCGAAAAGUCUCGACGAGCUCAAACCGACGACGGGUACGGCUCCAGCACCCGCAAUAACCGCAGUAACAACCACACGACUCACAAGUCUCGUGGGGUACUGCUGUGUGGCGAUGUGGUACCGAUACUGAAGCGUAACGGGACCAAGGGAUCCGCUAGCGUUUGGGUCAUGGAAAAGCGCGGGGGGCUCAUCUGGGUGUUGGAAGAGAUCACCGAAAACACGGCGUCGAUUUGCCUGGAUGAACAGUGGAAAGUCGUCGAGGCCAAGGGCGACACGGAUAAAAUCUGGGGUCCUCAAGUUGUGAAGAAGGGUCAGCUGGUGACCGAGCUCCUUCCUCGCUUGCCGGCCGAUUCACUCAAAAGCUCCCCGGAGAGGGGCCUCGAUCGAAUUACUGCCCUGAAGCAUUUCGCAGCUCGCACCGCCGCUGGAGUAUGCAUUCCCGUGACGAUAGGGCGACUAGAGGGGGGUCGGACGUUGCAGGUAUCAAGCUUUCCUCAUGUUGCAGGCAUGAUGGUGCUAUCGUCUUCUACGCUCAAGGUCAUCAGCUCCAACUCGGUUUUCUCGGCGGCUUUGUUCGGUCAGGAUCGCCCCGAAGGCCGUCACAUCACGGAGUUGGUACCCGGUUUCGAUGAGAUAUUGGAUGUUCUUACUGAGGAAGACGAUGUUCCGUUGGUGGAUGGGAUCGUAGUUCCCGAGCACAGCUUCCGCAGAGCGCGCACGUUGUCAAUACUUCGCGAAGGCAAGGCCAACGCUGCGUCUGUGUUCACCGAGCCCAGCGGCUUGCUGGCGAAGCAUCGCGAUGGAUCCACAAUUGUUGUUGAUGUUCAGCUGCGCGUGGUCAAGAGCAGCACUUUCUUCUCCAAGGAGCAAGUCGAAAAACUCGAGGAACGCUCGAGCGAUUCGGAGGACAGCGACGACACCAUCGCCGUGACCGAGCUGGUCUAUGCUUUGUGGAUCACGUACUCGCGUCAGAUUCACGCUGCGGACCCGGCCGCCAACCUGUCGCCCUCGAUGCUUCCGACGCUGAAUACCACAGCCGACCGCCCGUCCCCCACGACCGAAGCUCAUCUCUCUACCGUGGAAUCUUCCAUAGCCGCCAACGGGACAUCCACCGUUGAAAGCACAAAGCCUGGCGUGGAAGUUCAGUCACCGAGCUCGAGCCUUAGCCAACAGCUGAGCGAGGCGGCUUCUGAGCCGCUGACCGAUCGUCCUGUGCAGCCUCUAACCGAGGUCCAGGCACAUAACGCCAAGAAAGAGAUUCCCCAGAAGCGGACGAUCAAUGACUAUGUGAUCCUGGAGGAGAUGGGACAAGGUGCCUAUGGCCAAGUGAAGCUCGCUCGUCUCAAGAAGCAGCCUGCCCAGAAGAUGGUUCUGAAGUACGUCACGAAGAAACGCAUUCUCGUGGACACCUGGACCCGCGAUCGGCGACUCGGCACCGUACCUCUGGAGAUCCACGUCCUUGAUUUUCUCCGACGAGACGGAUACCGACACCCGAAUAUUGUGGAGAUGCAGGGCUUCUUCGAAGACGAUGUCAAUUAUUACAUCGAAAUGCUGCCCCAUGGACUGCCUGGCAUGGACCUCUUCGACUACAUCGAGCUCAAGAACCACAUGGACGAGGAUGAGUGUCGCAACAUCUUCAAGCAGGUCUCCAGUGCGAUCCACCAUCUGCACACGAAAGCGUUGGUGGUUCAUCGGGAUAUCAAGGAUGAGAAUGUGGUUCUGGACGGUGAGGGUCGGAUCAAGUUGAUCGACUUUGGCAGCGCGGCCUACAUCAAGAACGGGCCCUUCGAUGUCUUUGUAGGCACUAUCGACUAUGCUGCGCCGGAAGUGCUUCAAGGUAAAUCCUAUCGUGGCAAGGAACAGGAUAUCUGGGCCCUGGGUAUCUUGCUGUACACGGUUGUCUACAAGGAGAACCCGUUUUACAAUGUCGAUGAGAUCUUGGAUCACCCUCUCCGCAUUCCUUUCCUCCCUUUCUCCGAAGCAUGCAUCGACUUGAUCCGCAAGAUGCUUGACCGUGACGUGGAUAAUCGACUGACCGUCACGGAGGUGCUCGAGCACCCGUGGCUGACGACGGAGGACUUUGCAGGAUGA